UUAAGGUGCGUAUACAUAUGCGAGCCGAGCGGUUCGCGAGCCGCUUGUGAGCCGCUCGAUGGUGGUUCGUUGAAAUGAUUUUUUCCGCGAACCUCCAGCGAUCCACAGAUUCAGCGCACCAAACGCAAACAAACAUCGCAGUCGACAAAUACAGUAUGGCUUCGCGAAACGAAAAUUAUACUAUUUUAGUGAUGAGUGCUGCAGUUUUAGUAAUAGCUGAUGUAAAUAAAAAAAAAGAGAAGACAACAACGUUGGUGGCGUACUAAUUUAUUCAAGAAACGUAGUGGUACGGGAAUUUUAAUGGACCUAAAGUCGCAAGAAAGAAGCGGACAGUAUAAAAAUUUCACUCGAAUCACACCUACUGACUUUGAGAAUCUGCUGCAAAGGAUUGGACCCCAUAUUUCAAAACAGGAGACUUAUUUUCGUACUCCAAUCUCUGCCCAAGAUAGGUUAGCCGUAACACUUCGGUUUCUUGCCACGGGAGAUUCAUAUACUAGCCUUCAGUAUCUAUUCAGAAUUUCCAAGCAGUCGAUUGGGCGUGUAGUACCCCAAGUUUGUGCUGCACUAAUUAAGGAAUUGCAGGGAUAUAUCAAGAUAACAACAUUAAUAUAUAAAUUAAAGGCCUGUGUGUAAUUCAAAAAUAUAUUUUUCUUCACUUUAAAGUAAU